UUGGCUCUAAACGAUGCUUUAUUUUUCAAAGCUGUUAUAGCAAUUUACAUUCUUCUGAUCAGUAAACCACCAACGUUAGACGAAAUAAGUAGUCACAUAAAGAGGAAAUCAUCUAAAUCUGCACCGGGCCCCGAUGGUAUCCCAUAUAUAGUCUUUAAAAAAUGUCCAUCGGUUCGUAAACACCUCAUAAAUAUAUACGGCAAAAUCUGGUCAAGGAAGCAAAUCCCGGAGUGUUUCGGGAAACCAAUGUUUGUUCUCAUUCCCAAAAAAGAUCGAGUUACCGAUCCGAAAGAUACUAGACCGAUAGCCUUAACAAAUACAAUAUCUAAAAUCUUUUUCUCGGUCCUACAAACGAGAAUGACGCGAUUCAUGCUCAGCAACAAGUAUUUUAGGCCAAAUCACCAGAAAGGGUUUCUACCCGGGAUUUCUGGAUGCCUAGAACACAACACCUUGCUGUCGGAGAGUUUGAAAGAUGCUAGAAAAAGCGAGCGGCAAAUUACAGUUUGUUGGAUAGACUUAGAGAACGCGUUCGGGUCGAUACAACACGAGUUGAUGCUAUUCGCGCUUAGAUGGUAUAACUUUCCACCCUUAGUUAGCGAUAUGAUUGCGUCGUAUUACUCAAAAUUAAAGUUUUCUAUUAUAACUAAAGAAGGCCCUUCAAAAAGUUUGAGUUACAAUGUAGGACUAUUCCAAGGGUGCUGUUUAUCUCCAAUAGUAUUUAAUAUUGUAAUCAAUAUCCUAGUAGAUAAACUUAUCAGCAAUGAGAAAAAAUGGGGGUAUCGGUUUAAGUUCAAUAACAAAUACACGGAAUCCAUUUUAGCCUUCGCUGACGACCUCGCAAUACUGACACGUCACCCCAAACACUGUCAAGUACUAUUGGAUGAAGUGGAUAAAUUCUGUGAGUGGACGGAUGGAUUGAGGACAAAACCAAGUAAAUGUCACUGUCUGUGUCUUGGUAGGCGGAAUACAAGAUACACCUCAUACGAUCCGGGACUAUCGAUAGGCGGUCAAUGCGUUUCUACGGUUACGGAAAAUGCACCAUUCAAGUUUCUCGGUCGUAAGAUUGAUAAUAUAGGUCGUACUCCAUCUUUAGAAGGAAUAGUAGAUAGCUUUUUAAAUGAUCUCAACAAGGUAGAUAGCCAGCAGAUCAGUAACGUAAAAAAAGCAUGGAUCUACGAUAAUUACUUAACUUCACGUUUGAAUUGGCUUUUUCCUCGUCUAUGA